UUGGCUGCUAACGUCGCGCUUUCAGACUGUCGCGGAGGUGGCUCAAUGCCAGGACUUGCUUAACUAAAAUGCUAUCGGUACAGUCGGCCGGCUGCGCGGGAAUGGAGCGGCUUGGCGUUCCAACCCGCACAUCAUUGAGCACACCACCCGAUGAUAGGGAUCAAUUUAGAUGUAGAAUGCGCGUUGAUGCGCUCCAAGCACGUGAGCUGCUGGCCGUGCGUGGCGAGACUGUGAUUCGUAACAACAGCAGCAACAUAGGCAGCAGUAGCAGCAGCGGCGGCGGCAGCGGCAGCAGCAGCGGCAGCAACAAUCAGCAACAGCAACAACUUCACAACAAUAAGCAACAACAUUCCCACCAUCAGCAGCAAUUGCAACAACAGAAGCAGCAGCAGCAUCAACAACAUUAUCAGCAACAUGGCAGCAGCAGCAGCAACAACAACAACACGCAUAGUAUUAACCAUUUUCUGGCACGCGGCGGCAUUGAAGCAACAACCUUAAAAUAUGGCAGCAGUGGCAGUGGCAGCGGCAGCGGCAGCGGCAGCAGCUAUAAAAGCGAACAAAGCAACGCCUCGACAUGCAGCUCGCUGAAUAGCCACAGCGCCGAUCAUCAUCAACAUUACCAAUAUCAGCUGCAGCAACAGCAGACGCCGCGCUGCCCGCAUCAUGUACCACUGCCGGACAGCGAGUACGGACAGGAUCGUCAUCUGCAAAUACGCAGCAGCUAUCAGCAAUCGGAAAUUACGCGCUCGUAUACAAAGCCGCCGCCCAAUAAAACUGUACGCGAUGUGCCUGAACAUAUAUGCGCUGCCAGCUCCAGCUAUCGCCUGGCCACUAGUGCGGCAGCAGCAGCAGCAGCAGCGGGCGCAACACCAACUGGCCAUAGCUGCAACAGCUCCAGCGCGACAGCGUCUAGCGCUUACGCUUUAGCGGCAGCAGCCAACGCAGCCACCAAAUCCAAGCCGAAUGCCAUCACAAAAUUCUUCUCACGCAUCAGUUCGCCGAAGUCGCCGACAUCGCUGGCGACAAGUUCGAGUGGUGCUAUUGGCUCGGUGACAGCUAGUGCCACGCCCUUAGCUGCAACUGGCUGCUCCUCAUUAGCCUCGUCAGCGUCCAUGUCUUCGUCCGCCUCCUCGUUGGCCUCAUCAGCGGGCAUGCCCGCCUGUGUCUCACCCUCCUCAUCGGCGUCAUCGCUGGCAGCGGCGCCAUUGACAGCGCUGCCCACGCUAAAGAGCACCGCCUGCAGCACUGGCGGUGCGACAUUUAGCAUGGCUCAGGAUCAGGCAGCGCAGCAGCAGCCGGAUGAGACGACGCAAUAAUUCCAACCCUUAGCUUUUGAUGGAGCCGUAGCAGAUUGUUAAGAGGGAGAGAGAGAUCUGUCCAACAACUUCGCGCUGGCACGAAAAGACUGUUUAUUAGUCAGAAUUUAAUUUGUAAACGAUGAGAGGAGAUAAACACACAAACACACAAACACACAAACACACACACACAAACACACACACACACUCACACACC